AAAGACAGUUAUACUCUGUAAUAAUAAUAAUUAUUAUUCUUUAUUCUACAACUUAUAUUUAUUUAUAUUAGUACACAUAUAUAAAACAAGUCCAGUAUGGAUUUAGAUCCAGAGAAAUUGAAUAAACUACGUCGACUGAUAGGUAAGACAAGUUAUGAAAUCAAUGCCCUGAAAUUACACAAUGAAAUGAAUAUAAAGAAACAUUUAAAAAUUUUUACUAAAGAAAGAGUAAAGAGUAAAAAAGAGAAACGUAUUAGUCUACAAAUAGUUGAUACGCUACCAGAUCAAUCAACAAUGCAGUCAAUGGAAAAAAGUGUCAUUCAUAAUUAUGAACGUCAUUCAAUUCUACGCACUGUGCUCCAUUUAACCUCGCAUACAUUUGAUGGGGAUUAUUUUGAAAAGACAUUGCAUAAAAGAAAGUUAUUUCGUCGUUUAGGUAGCAGACUCAAAACAAGUAGUGAUGAUGAUGGUGAUGGCGCUUACGAGGAGGAAGAGGGAGAGGAGUUGAUGGUGUUGGCGGAUGAUAGUCACAGUGAUUCAACAGAUGAACAAUAUAGAAGAAAAAAAACACUAAGUACACGUAUCACAUGCCAGUGGGAUACAAAAGCUUAUGAUAAAGAGGAUACUAAAGCCUACUAUCAUCAAUAUCGACAUCCGUGUAUCUUCCCCCUGCCAUUAGAUCUUGCUGAUUAUCGUCCACUGAAUGCUCCAUUUGUACCAGAUUUAAUUUUUUGCCUAGUAAAUUUAAUUGAAUUAAAUUGUUAUAAAGAAAGUUGGAAGUAUAUGUUUCAAGCAUUGCAUGAACAUGAUUCUAAAGCAAAAGAAUAUGUUGUCAAGUUGAUACAGAUUGGAAAUAGUAAACGUAAGCUGAAAGAAGCCAUACAACAUUUGCCUACACCAGUAAUGAUUGCAACAUUACGUGCAUUUUUAAGAGAAUUUCGUAUUAAACCAUUGCACUUGACAGAUCAUAUUGUUAAAGAUUUAGUGAAACAACCAUUGUAUGAUCAAUUCUCAAGACCGAAUAAACAAUUACGCCUUAUUAUACGUAAAUCAUCAUUGUGUAGUACACGAACACAAGUAGACACUUUAGCCUUUUUAAUGACGCAUAUUCUGCACGCUUGUGAAUAUGCUCAAAAUCAAAUACAAGGGAAAAUUAUAUUAUGUAAUAUUUAUGGACCGCUAUUGAUUAGUUUUUCGCAUAAACCAGAUUUUGUACGUGGUAAUUUCAUGGACGAUUAUCUUCUGAGUAAUAGUAGUAAUAUGAGUAGUUAUCAACAUACUACUACUACUUCUUCUCUGACUACUGAAAUUGAUUUGUUCGACAAAAUUUCCAACGUUGGUAAAUCUGCUUAUUAUCAUCAGUCUGUAGAAUCAGCUAUACUACAAGUGAUACUGGAUGUUUGUGAUUUGUAUUUUUGGAAUUAUAUUGGCCUGUUUAAAAUUCAAUCAUUAUUUAUGAAUAAAACAAAUUUAGAAAGAUUUCGCCAAACUUUACUCGAUCCGUAUUCAAAGCUGACUCAACGAUCAGUACGUGUAAGUCGGAGGAAUAAAUCGAUGUUCUUGGCACCGACUAUGAUAGAUUUUGAAAAGGAGAUACAUGCACCAAGUAUUACAUCAAUUGUUGAUUAUUCUGUGUUUACAAAUGAAUUACGCAAAUCACGCAAAGUCAAUCGACUAAGUGGAUCUCCAAAACAACGGGGCAGUUCAUUUUUCACUGAUAGAAAGGGAAGUGCUUUAGAUGAGAUAUAUUUAGCAGACUAUUGUUCACGGCCAUUUAAACAAUCAGCAACUGCAACAAAAAUAACAAAAUAA